AUGAGCGAUACCAUCGGUGCCCGUGUCGUCCCCAUUGAGGCGGCGGCAGCCACCGCCGCCACCGCUGCUGCCGCCGCCCCCUCCUUGCCGCCCCUCUCCGCGCCGCCCCUCGGCAGCGGCAGCUUCGGCGCCCGCAGCGGCAGCGCGAGCGGCAGCAGCGGCCGCAGCGGCGGGCGUCUGGUGUGCACGCCGAGCGGCGCGCCGCUGUGCGCCUCUGGGGAUGUGGAUGCGAUCAUCGACACAGCCGCAAUGCAGGCCGCGUCGGCCGCCGCAGCAUCUCAUACGGUCGCGGCUGCGGCACGCGCGGAGGCCGCCGGGUUCGUCGUCCCCAUACGCGACGCCGGGCCUGGCGGCCCGGGCGCGGGCUCCGCCGCUGGUGGCGGCGCGGCGGCGGUGGCGGCGGCCGAGUUUGAUGCGGUGUUCGGGGCCGGCGACGGCGCGCCCACACUGGCGGCACUGUUUGGCGGCCAGGCGGGGGCGGACAGGUCCCUGGACUCUCUCAGCCUCCCGAGCAUGCAGGACCCUGACGGCUGGGCGGAGCUGCUGCGUGACCUGCGUCGCUGGAGCUCCAACACCAGCCGCAGUAACCCCUCGUUCAACGCGACAGACUGGAUCCCAGACAUCAUAGGGCGAGUGGACGAAGACGAAGAGGCGGCGGCUGCGACGGCGGCGGCUGCGGACGGCACGGCUGGUGGCGCGGCCCUGGCGGCGCAGCGUGCCAAGCGCGAGCGGUCUGGCGGUUACAACACGCGCGCGCACCAGCAGCUGCUCGCCCAGGCCACGGUCAACGAUGACUCAUUCAGUGCAGACACCCUGAGAGCCAUGCUCAGGGGUGAUCACGCGGGCAGCAUGGGCCGCCACAUGCCGGCCCUGCGCAUCGGAAGCGCCCAGAACGACGCCGCGGCCAGGGCCGCCGCGAUGGCCGGCCGCGUCACCCCCCACGACAAGUCAGGCCCAGGCGGGGGCGCCGCGCGCGGCUGA